CUACUUUGUCAGCGGGUGCAGUUAAAUAACUCAGAAUCUCAACCCUUUAGGCCUCUCUCUUUCUCUGUCUCUUUGAGGGAAACCCAAACUUACUGGGGGCUGCGAACAGGGCCAUCUAUCCUUCAUCAGAGACCCCUGCUGUGAAGAUGUCGGAGUCUUCCCCAGCAGAUGAAGGCACCACAUUCGAGCACCUUUGGAGCACCCUGGAACCUGACAGCACUUAUUUUGACCUUCCCCAGUCGGGGCAUGCAGGGAGCAGUGAAGCUUCUAACCGCACAGAGGUCACCAUGGAUGUCUUCCAGAUGAGAAGCAUGAAUGACUCCGUAAUGUCUCAGUUUAAUUUGCUAAACAACAGCAUGGAUCAGAGCACUGACAGCAGGGCCGCCUCCUCUAGCCCUUAUAGCUCCGAGCACGCCUCCAAUGUCCCGACGCUCUCACCUUACUCGCAGCCCAGCUCCACCUUCGACACCAUGUCCCCAGCGCCUGUCAUCCCGUCCAACACUGACUACCCGGGGCCGCAUCACUUCGAGGUCACCUUCCAGCAAUCCAGCACAGCUAAAUCUGCGACCUGGACAUAUUCCCAGUUGCUCAAGAAGCUCUACUGUCAGAUUGCGAAGACGUGCCCCAUCCAGAUCAAAGUGUCAACGCCUCCUCCUCCGGGGACUGUCAUCCGAGCCAUGCCAGUCUACAAGAAGGCGGAGCAUGUGACAGAAGUGGUGAAGCGGUGUCCAAACCAUGAGCUCGGGCGCGACUUCAAUGACGGGCUCUCGGCUCCUGCAAGCCACUUAAUCCGUGUGGAAGGCAACAACCUAUCUCAGUACGUGGAUGACCCUGUAACUGGGAGGCAGAGCGUGAUGGUUCCUUAUGAACCUCCCCAGGUGGGUACCGAAUUCACCACCAUCCUCUACAACUUCAUGUGCAACAGCAGCUGUGUGGGUGGAAUGAACAGGAGACCCAUCCUCAUCAUCAUCACCUUGGAGACCAGAGACGGACAGGUCUUGGGGAGGAGGUCAUUCGAAGGCCGAAUCUGCGCUUGUCCCGGCAGAGACCGGAAAGCGGAUGAGGACCAUUACCGAGAGCAGCAGGCCCUGAAUGAAAGCGUGGGGAAAAACGGCAACCCAAAUAAGCGGACUUUCAAGCAAAGUCCUCAAGGUAUUCCAGCACUGGGAGCUGGAGUGAAGAAAAGGAGGCAUGGGGAAGAAGAGACAUAUUACGUACCUGUACGUGGCAGAGAGAACUUUGAGAUCCUGAUGAAGAUCAAGGAGAGCCUGGAGCUGGUGGAGCUGGUUCCGCAACAGCUGGUCGACUCCUAUCGCCAGCAACAGCAGCAGCUCUUGCAACGCCAGACUCACCUUCAGCCUCCUUCUUCCUAUGGCCCAGUUCUCUCGCCAAUCAACAAGCAUCACACGGGAGGGAUCAAUAAGCUGCCGUCCGUCAACCAGCUUGUGGGGCAGCCCCAGCAGCACAGCUCCGGCGCUGGGACCACACUUGGGCCAAUGGGGCCGGGAAUGCUGAACAGCCACACCAUGCAGUCCAAUGGAGAAAUGAACGGCGGGCACCCCUCGCAGUCCAUGGUCUCAGGGUCGCAUUGCACGCCCCCUCCGCCCUACAACCCAGACCCAAACCUUGUCAGUUUUUUAACAGGUUUGGGGUGCUCAAACUGCAUUGACUAUUUCACUUCACAAGGGUUACAGACUCUUUACCACCUGCAGAACUUAACUCUAGAGGAUCUUGGAGCACUGAAGAUCCCGGAGCAGUACCGGAUGAUUAUCUGGAGGGGCCUCCAGGAACUGAAGCAGGGCCACGACUACGGAGCCCAGCAGCUCAUCCGCUCCAGCAGCAAUGCCUCCACCAUCUCCAUUGGCACGUCCGGCGAGCUGCAGAGGCAACGUGUCAUGGAAGCCGUUCACUUCCGCGUCCGCCACACCAUCACCAUCCCGAACCGCAGUGGGGCCGAUGAGUGGGCGGACUUCGGCUUUGACCUCCCAGACUGCAAGUCCCGCAAACAGUCCAUCAAAGAGGAAUUCACAGAGGGAGAAAUCAACUGAGUGUCUCUAGAGAGGCGCACGGAAGCCGGUGAAUUAAGGGCAAGGAACUGAACAAUUGGACCUGAAAGAUAUUUGGCACAACAGCCAGGUGGAACGAGCCUUUCGGGUAGCCACCGAAAAGUAUUCUUUUUCAGAGCUUGGGGCAGGACGUGACGGUUGCGCUCUGGAGCUUAAAUGCAGUCCUUUGCGACGUACCUUUUCACGAAGGGUAGCUAAUCUGGCAGUUGCAUUUAGCAGCAGGACAUGCACUGGGUUAAAAAACCCCUGUGUUGUGUUGCACUUGGUUGUGUAGCAAACCUGGGUCAAAUGUGUAUCACAGCAUCAAGUACCUUAAGGAUAUCAUGUAUCUCAUUUUAUCUAUUAUCUUCCACCUCGUCAGAAAAGUCUCCAAGC